GCUGGGGGAAAGAGGUACCAAAGCGCUGCGAAGCAGUGUGGUUUUUCCUUUUUCUUUUCUUUUUUUUCCCCCUUUUUUCCCCCCUCUCCUUUCAAUCACCCCCUCCCUCCGUUUGCACCCUUCUCCGGGUUUUUGACGUUGAAUCUGCGAAUUUCGAGGAGGUGGUGGUAGAGUGGGAGAAGUGUUAGGUUUUUUGGUCUUUUUUUUUGUUGUUUUUUCCUCCGUCUCCUUAGUUUCCACGUUUUUCCUCAUCCUCUCUGCCGCGGCCGCCGCUUCUUUUACCUGUUCAGCGGCCGCCGCGGGUCCCUGGCCGCAGAAGGUUAGGAAGGAGCUGGGAGUAUUUUAGAUUUUCAACCAAAAAAAAUUUAUAGACAAAUCCCUGCCGACCCCUCCCUUCUCUUCCACGGCCUCCGAGCUCAUUAUUCCGGUGGUGGCUCGGCUGGCAAUUUCGAGACUUUUCCCCUACGGUGUGAGCAGGUCGCCUUGGGGGACUUCCUUGACCUUCGCGCCCUCGCGGUGCACCUGGCGCUGCUCUUUUUGCGCCCCCACCUGUUGCGAGGCUUCCCUCCUUGCAAGUGGGACCUGCUUGCAGGCACCGCAGUCCCUCAGUCUCUCCCUGCAUUUUGCACGUGUCGGGAAGAAGGCACCUGCUCUCCCUGCGUGAAACUCACACCACCACCCCCCAAAAAAACAGUCCCCGACUUUCUCUUGGGCCCUAUCUCCCUGCUCUCGCGCUCUCGACCCCGCCCCGAGGUAAAGGGAGAGACCCGAGAAGAUGGUUCUCACCGCGGUCCUCCUGCUGCUGGCCGCCUGCGCCGGGCCCGCCCAAGGCCUGGGCUCCUUCGUGCACUGUGAGCCCUGCGACGAGAAAGCCCUGUCCAUGUGCCCCCCCAGCCCGCUGGGCUGCGAGCUGGUCAAGGAGCCGGGCUGCGGCUGCUGCAUGACGUGCGCCCUGGCCGAGGGGCAGUCGUGCGGCGUCUACACGGAGCGCUGCGCCCAGGGGCUGCGCUGCCUCCCCCGGCAGGACGAGGAGAAGCCGCUGCACGCCCUGCUGCACGGCCGCGGGGUUUGCCUCAACGAGAAGAGCUACCGCGAGCAAACCAAGAUCGCCGAGAAAGACUCGCGCGAGCAGGAGGAGCCCACGACGUCCGAGGUGACCGAGGAGACCUACGCGCCCAAGAUCUUCCGGCCCAAGCACAGCCGCAUCUCAGAGCUGAAGGCCGAGGCGGUGAAGAAGGACCGCAGGAAGAAGCUGACUCAGUCCAAGUUCGUGGGCGGAGCGGAGAACACUGCCCACCCCCGCGUCGUCCCGGCCCCGGAGACCAGGCAGGAGUCAGAGCAGGGUCCCUGCCGCAGACACAUGGAAGCGUCCCUGCAGGAGCUCAAAGCCAGCCCUCGCAUGGUGCCCCGUGCCGUCUACCUGCCCAACUGCGACCGCAAAGGAUUCUACAAGAGAAAGCAGUGCAAGCCUUCCCGUGGCCGCAAACGUGGCAUCUGCUGGUGCGUGGACAAGUAUGGGAUGAAGCUGCCCGGCAUGGAGUAUGUGGACGGGGACUUUCAGUGCCACGCGUUCGACAGCAGCAACACUGAGUGAUGCUUUCCCUCCCUGGUCACCCCUCACCCCCUCCCACCCACCCCCAGCCCCUGACUCCAGCCAGCGCCUCCCUUCACCCUAGGGUGCCACUCAUUUCAUCUCAUUUUAAGGGGGAAAGAAAUAAUCAUAUAUGUACCUCUUUGAGGAAACUGGGGCCCUCGGAAUCUCUAGCAAGGUCUCAACUUUGAAAGCGGCAACAACCGAGACACGAAAAGCUAAGGCUACGCCCUUCAUAAUGGUUUUCGUUUGGGUUUCGAUACAAGUUGACUGAACAGGGAAAGGGAGCAGAGGAAGGCUCAGAGAGACAGGGGGAAGGAAGCAGAGGCGUAGGAAAGAGGCCGGAAAGGCCAUUCGAGUUUGGGGAAGGAAAAAGAGGAGGGACGUGGGCAGGCAGGAAGGUGGCACUAUGCCCACCUUUUGCAUCCAUGCCUGCCUGGGCUGGGGAGAGACUCAGGCAUCCCAAGGUGUGACCCGAGCUGUGGCCUGAGUGACAUGCGUGGAGUGUCCCCAGUGCAGAGCGGUUAGGAGGGAGGGAAAGAGACAAAGCACAGCAGUGCCUCUGCGACCCCUGUCCCUCCUCCAGCCCAAGAUGGAGAUGGCUCGACCCUGGACCUUCCUCUCCCCUUGCCCCUGAAGGGUGUUCUUCCCCCAAAAGAAUUGACUCUUGAAUAACCAGAAAUGCAUUCCGCCCCUUUGAAAGCACAGCAAAUUGAUAGGCAUCCCUAAAGGGCUACCCUAAAUAUGACAUACGGGGCGUGUCUUUCGCACCCUACUCAGACGCUGAGAAACCCGAACACAGCCCCCAAUGCGGCAAAGACUCGUUCCUCCUUGCACAUGCGAUUCCGGGUCCUCAUUCCAUCCGCCCCACGUUAACGCAGCCUCUGGUGGGAGGGCUGGUGAAAGAUGAAAGACCUCUGUGGGCCUCUGUCUACGGACCAGGCCCCACGUCGUCCUAUAUAGGCAUAUACCUAUCUCUUCCUUUCUUUCUUCCUUUCAAUGGUUUGCAUUAACUUUUCAAAGUAGUUCCUACGGGGCAUUGAGGAACAUCCUCAUUCUGGGGAAACGAAGAGACCCUGCUUCUUGUCAGACCAUCCAACUUCUGCUGGAGCCCUCUGGGCCAGACUGUGGGAGUCUUUUGUAAGAUUUCCUAUGUACACAUGUUCAUACCCACGUGAGCUGUGCCAUCAAGCUAGGGAGACACCGGGACUCCGUGGUGCACAGACGGUGUCCCCCAUCCACUCCAUGUGUGGACCCUCAGGAAGUGACUGCCUCUGAAUAUCACACCAGGGGAGCUUUGAUCCUGCACCCCCAUCCCGGCCCUCUUCAGUUCACCCGGGCGGAGCCUGCAGCACUGUGCAAGCCCCUCCCAGCCUUCAUACCCGGCAGAGUGAGAAAAAGAGGAGGGAGAGUUGACUGCGACUGAGAGAGUCAAAGGAUGGUCCAGGCCAGGGGCGAUGGAGUGGAGGAAGGGAGGGCUGACUGCCCAUUCUGCUGUGGGGACAACGCGGCAGAAAGAAGAAGCCAACAGAGCCUUCCCUGGCUUUCCCACGCUGGGCUUCAAGGGGAAGAAGAGAUGAAAACGGGGGAGCAGACUGUCCAUAGCAAUGGACUCAAUCCGGGCCGUCAAGCAAGAGGAGGUGGGAACCAGUACGUGGCUUCUGAACUUCAUAAGCUGGAAUGGAGCAAAGCUGAGUAGAGACUGGCGUGUUUUUGAAAGGACGAGACUGUGCUCAGAUGCCCAGCUCUGGCCUGCAAGGAGGAGUGGAGAUCAAAGCGGCUUUCAAGCUCUUCAUCCGUUCUGGCCAGUCCCUGCUUCCGCCCCUGCGUGGAGGAUGGAAGAAAGGGCCAGGACCACCAGAGAAUGGAGGUUCCGUUGGUAGCCAGAUUCGGAACAAAGAAAAUCCCGCUCUCCCCUGACUUCUUCAACCGAUGGGUGGCCUUGGGCCAUCCUCAAAGGCUGGAGAUAGCCUGGCUGGAAGGAGCAGUUGGACAGGCGAAGGCACAGCCUUCUCUCUCUCUCCUCUCUCCCUCUGUGGACACACUGUCUCCGCUUCCCUGAUGGCAUGACACAGUGGAAGCCAACACUGAACUUGGGGCCAAGAGCAAAUAGUAUUUCAACUGUUGGAAAACAUCCCACGAUUGAAUGUGGAUGAUGUCCCCUGCUCCUUACCUGGACAGGACAGUGGACUUGGGUUGGGAGCGGUGGCCAAUCUUUAUAUGACAAAGGGACAGAUGGGGAAGGAAGCCAGGAGGACUUACUGACCUGCCAUGUCAGUGUGCCCCAUCUCUCUGCACAGUUGUCCCCAAACUGACAUUUCUAGAUGUCUUAGGCCAGUAUCCUAAACCUUCUCCAGAAUCCUGCUUCUCGGCCCAUUCUUUCUUUGCAUCUUGAGCAGUCCUCUGAGACCCGCCAAGUGGGUGUUAGGGUGUGAUUCACCCUAAGAAAAGACUGAGCUGGGAAGUGCAUGCCCCCUCCCAAGGCCGGCACCUGGUUUUUUUAAAUGGAGGCUCCCUCGUUUCUCCCAACGUCGUCGGCUGGACUUUGAAUGGCUCGGUUUUUGCUGCCAGCCAUGAGGAGGGGGAUGAUGGCCACCUGGUUUUACUCAGCCAGACUCUUGAGAAUUCCAAGUUCAUGUCUACUGACCCAGACGUGCAAGUCUCCAACGCUUGCAGGAGGUGGUUCUGGGCUGAUAACGCCUCCUACAGGAAGGAACCUCAUGGACAGGUGGAACUAAGCCUCCCCGAGUAGGAGGUCUCCCCUGAGCCAGGGGCACAAGGCCAGGGCACGGGAGUCAUGGAAGGAGGAGUGGAAUCUCUUCCCUUGGCACACGUGGGAUGAGGCUGUCGGUCCUGAGCAGGCAUCUCUCUGACUACAGGAAAACUGUUGACUGACUCUCUGUUCACCUGGAGGCCUUAGACUCCGGGUGAUUGGAAUGAUCAAAAUAGCCUUCCAUGGUCCUGCCAAGAAACCACAGAGGCCUCAUCUCUUCCCUCUUCUGACCUCCUCACUCCAGUAGAGUGAAGAAGCCUGGGUCUUCCCCACGCCCAGGGCAAAGACCACCAAGGCAGCCCCUUCUUCCUCCAGCCUGCCCUGACCUACCCAGGCAAAGGCAGGCAUCCCUGAAGGAAGUGACUGCGUAGUCUCACUGACAGCCAGGCCUAUACAGACAGGCCUGGAGACACUGAACCCCAACAGGGGAGGACGACGGACCCAGAGAAGCCUGGUGGGGUUGCAUUUCCUCACGCCUGGCUCCAUUUCCCACCAUCUCCCCUGUGGUCAUGGCUGCCCUACAGGGUUAACAUCCACUGAGGGAGGUACCCCUCAACCACUGUCUCCCACCCCCUAGUUUCUUAGCAGCCAACAGGGCUGCCAGCGUGCCCUGCCAAGCCCCACCACCACCCUUGCCCUGUGGGGCCGUCUGUUCCCAACCUCCAUCCAUUCAGAACCCGGAGGGCACAGUUCAGUCUGGGGAUUUCAUUGAGCCAAAGGCCAAGAAGAAGCAACCCUUUGGUCGCCAAGGAGAGCGGCUGGGUGUGCAAGAGAAAGGAGAUCACGUGUGGAUGAGGGCGUGGGGUUUUCCCACCAGCAACCGGGGCUUCCUACCAUGUUCAUUUUUUAAAACCACUAACAUGCAAGACGUCUCUUGCACGGUUUCUCUGCGCUCUUCUUCUGGUGUUUUCUUUUUUGUAAUGCUUCUUGGGUUUUCUUAUGGAGUCGGAGCUUUAGGCGUUUCCACGGGCUCUGGCCUUCUCUAACCAGCCCUGGCUCGGGAAAGGGAAGAGGGCGGGUAAGUGAGGGAGGGGAUCCCCAGCUGCCCUGCGCCCAGUCACCCUGCUUCUCCCGUCACUUAGCCUGAGCCCCACACCUGCCACCGCCACCGCCACCACCGUCACACAGUAGCUCACAGGGACAGCGCAGCACCGUUGUCAGACAAGAUUCCUUCAGAUUCCGAGUUGCCGACUGGUUUUGGGGGUUUUUUUUGUUUGUUUUGGUUUUUUGUUAUUUCUUUGUUUUUAGACAGCAAUACCCACAGCACAUAUGACUAGUUCUUUGUAGUUUGACAUACACACCGACCAUAGCUCUGUUCUCUCCUCCUGCUUGUUUUCAAUGGUUGUUCCUUUUGUUGCUGUUGUUUUUUAAAUAAAUGCUCAUAAUCUGA